GGGCUAUUAACUAAAAUCAGUCGAGGCGCGUAGGCCGACCUGAGAGAUCAAGGUUCGAGCGGCACAUCUGGAAGCGGCUUACAGCCUGAAAGCAGCAGAAGUUUCCCGGGCGGCUCGGCUCAGUCUGCAGGGUUCCAGGUUCUCUCUCUCUCGACCCGCGGAAAGGUUCGGAGGUUUCGUGCGUCUGGGCGCGGCGAGCGAUCUGCGGCUGCACACCAUGGUGAUCCCCACCGCUGGGUUUUAUUCCCAGUUCCUUCGGAGGACCGCUGCUCUCUCCUCUCCUCUGAAGGUUCUCGGAACGCCGUGGACACGUCAGCCGGGACGAGCCGCUGCAGCUCGGAGCAUCCAUGUGGACUCUCCUCCCGUCAUUCCCACUCUCACCACCAGCUAUGUUCACGGCACGUCCUCCACGGCGCUGCUCCAGGACACGGUGGCAGAGGCCCUGCAGAAGUCUGUGGAGCGCUGGCCCGACAGGGAGGCCGUGGCGUUUCUGGAAGACGGAGUCCGCAAAACCUACGCAGAGUUUCAACAAGAUGUGGACCGGGCUGCUGCAGGACUUCUGGCUCUUGGGCUCAAGAAAGGAGACCGGCUCGGCAUGUGGGGGCCGAACACUUACGAAUGGAUCCUGUUCCAGUUUGCAACCGCUAAAGCCGGGAUUAUUCAGGUGUCUGUAAACCCAGCAUACCAACCGAUGGAAGUGGAGUAUGCCCUAGGGAAGGUUGGCUGUCAAGCCAUUGUGUGUCCUACAAAGUUUAGGACUCAGAAAUAUUGCGACAUGUUGAACAAGAUCUGUCCUGAAAUCGCGUCGUCCAGCCCAGGAGACAUCAAGAGCGCCAGACUCCCAGAGCUUCGCUCUGUGAUCCUCCUGGACAGCAGGCAGCCGGGAAUGUUUCACUUUGACGACGUGAUGCAGGCGGCAGACAGCAGCCAUGUGAAGCAGCUGCAGGAUCUGCAGAAGAAGCUCUCUUUUGACGACCCGAUAAACAUCCAGUUCACCUCGGGUACCACAGGAGCUCCGAAAGGCGCGACUCUUUCACAUCACAACAUCGUCAACAAUGCCUACUUUGUUGGGAAAAGAGUCGGCUACACCUGGAAGCCCCACACUCGUGUCUGCGUGCCCGUGCCUCUGUAUCACUGCUUUGGCUCUGUUGGUGGAGGGAUCGCUAUGGCCGUGCACGGCCUCACCCUGGUGUUUCCCUCCGCAGGGUACAACGGAAAGGCCAACCUAGAAGCAAUGCACAGUGAGAGAUGCACAUAUGUCUACGGGACUCCCACCAUGUAUGUUGACAUGCUUAACCAGCCGGAUUUGGCUAAAUAUGACUUGUCUUCCGUAGAGGGAGGCCUCAUGGCUGGCUCCCCGUGCCCCCCGGAGCUGGUGAAGAAAGUGAUACUUCAAAUGGGCAUCAAAGAAAUUACAAUUGGAUACGGCACCACGGAGAACAGCCCGGUGACGUUCCUCGGCUGUCCCCUGGACAACCUGGAGAGGAAGUGUGAGACGGUCGGCUACAUCGUGGACCAUGUGGAGGCUAAAAUAGUAAACCCUACAACUGGCCAGAUUGUGCCUCUGGGGAUGAAAGGCGAGAUAAUGGUCCGAGGAUACUGUGUGAUGCUGGAGUACUGGUCCGAACAGGCUAAAACACAGGAGUGCAUUACUAAAGAAGGCUGGUACCGAACUGGAGACAUCGGCAGCUUGGACGCUUACGGCUACUGCAAGAUCGACGGCAGGAUUAAAGACAUGAUCAUCCGAGGGGGAGAGAACAUUUACCCGGCAGAGAUCGAACAGUUUCUCCACACACAUCCCAAAGUGAAGGAGGCACAGGUGGUUGGAGUCAAAGAUCCUCGAAUGGGUGAAGAGGUCUGUGCCUGCAUCAAACUGGUGGACGGCCAGGAGUGCACAGCAGAGGAGAUCAAAGCGUACUGCAAGGGACAGAUCGCCCACUUCAAGAUUCCUCGCUACGUCCUCUUUAUGACCAGCUUCCCACUCACCGUUACGGGAAAGAUCCAGAAGCAAAAGCUGUGUGAGGAGGCCGAGAAGCAGCUGAAGUGAAGCACACUGUAAAAAGCAAACUAUAGAAUUUACCCUAAAAAAGUGAGAAAUCAGAGAACAAUGGAGUGGGCUGAGAGAGGCUGCAACGUACUUAUGUAUCCAUAUAUGUCUGUGGACAGAACAGAACACUAAUAAAAAAAAAGCUAUACUACCUUAAAACUCUGUCCAGACAAAAGAUCCUCUUGGAAGGACGGAAAAUGUAUGCCUUGAGCUUGUUCUUCAGACUGUGGACCUUCUUCAGUAGUUUUGCCCCAUCAAUUUCCAAAAAAAGUUUUUGAAAAGCUUCAAAUGUGUUCUUGAGCUGCUUUGGAUAGUCCAGGUUGAGGGCAAAUAUGAGUCCCAUCAGCAGUACACAUGCCUUUGUUCGGCUUCCACAUUCUUCCAUCACUUGGUUUCCCUCAAUCACAAUCUGAUGGAUCCUCCUCAGCCAUGAUGUUGUGCAUCACGAUCACCGUCAUUGUUUUGUCUGUGUGGUCCUCACAUUCCUAUAUGUUGAAAAUAAUCAAAAAAGAUACACAUUUAAAAUUUUAUUGAAGAUGCUUUUUCCAUACAUUUCAACAUAUCUAAAGGAGAGCAGAGGGUAGUGAUCAGAAGAUAGAAAGACAAGAUGAAAGAAGGA